UCGGCUGCUGCUCCGGGCACGGUGAGACCCGGCGGGGCUGCCCGGGACUCCGGGCUGCGGGAACCGGCAUUGGAGCGCCCGAGGAUCCUGGGGGCCCAGCCUUCUUCCCGCAGCCCUUUCCAGCCCCUCGUCCCCAUGAAAAUCAAAAGAACAAGGCUAAGGAGAGGGCUCUAAGCUCCGACACAGCAGGACUAGGUUUAAAUCCGGGAAAGAUUAACCCUUUGCUGAGCCGGCAAAGCUCGGGCCCCGAGGGGAGCGCUGGGUUUGGGGGCACCGCUCUGAUGCCGCUUUGCUGGGGAGCAGAGGAGGAGCAGAGGAGGCUGCGGAGCUCCCGGGCUCGGCAGGGCGGGGAUGGGCGCCGUGGCUGGCCGGGGAAUGCCCGCGGGUGCGGGCACGGGGCCGAUGCGGCGGCAGAGCCCCGGAGAUGCCGCAGCCUCCCCGGGUGCGGGUCUGGCCCUGGGGAAGCACGGCAGGGCACGGUUGUGAUUGCAGGGAGACCGAGGAUCCACCAGCGGUUCCCAAUGCACACCUGGGCACAAUUCCUGCGGGGAUGCGGGAUCGGGGACCGGCCGGGCUGGUGGCGGCAGCAGGGUGAGCCCUGCCCCGGGAUCAAGCGGGGAUCAGCCCCGGGACCUUGUCCCACCCUCCCCGUGCUUGGGGACCCUCUCCGGCAUUCGGGGCAGCAGCGCCGGAGCCUCCCGGUGCUGCCGGUCCCGGCCGGGAAAGCCGGGGAUGCGGGGGGCAGCGGGGAGCCGGGCACGGUCGGGGCCAGCUGCGGGAGCCUCAGCCCGUUUCCCCGGGGCUGCGAGGGCCGAAUGCCGCCGAGCACCGGGAGCUGUCGGGCUCGGGGCCGCCGAUUUCGUUGUGGUGCUCAAUGGCCCCAAAACGCAGCGUUUUAGUCCUAAAACGAGCGCGGGGCCAGGUGGGGAGCGGGACCGUGCCCGAGGGUGCGCCCCGUCCGUGGGACACCGGCGGGGACAUUUCUGCCCGUUUCGCUGCUGUUGUGCCGUGCCCGGGGCAGGUGCCCGGGUUUGGGUUUGCCCGGGCUGGGCGGUGCGGGGGGCCGAGCCGGUGCGUGUGUGUGUAUCGGUGUGUGUAUAUGUGUGUGUGUGUGUGUAUCCUGUGUGUUUGUGUAUGUGUGUGUGUGUGUGUGCUCGCCGUGUCCCUCCCUCCCUCCAGCCACCCCACCCCCGGGAGGGGAGGGAAGGAGGAGAUGGGGGGGGGGGGCUCCGACGGCUCGCCUCGCUCCGGCAGCCCCAGUCUCUCCGCCAACGUCAGGGAGGUCAUUAAUAACCAAUUAGGAGGGUCAAUGAAGCUCAUAUAUAGCCGGGCGGGAGCCGCCGAGCCGAACGGAGCCCAGCCCGCCGCCCACCGCCCGCCGCGCCCGGCCCCGUCGCGCUCGGCCCCGCCGCCUCGCCCCCAUGAUGGGCUCGGUGCUGCCCGCCGAGGCCCUGGUCCUCAAGCCCGGGCUGAAGCCGCAGGGGCUCUCGCUGGCCGAGGUGAUCACCUCCGACAUCCUGCACAGCUUCCUCUACGGCCGCUGGAGAAACGUCCUGGGCGAGCAGCUCUUCGAGGAGAAGAGCAGCCCCAAGACAGCGUUCACGGCCGAAGUGCUGGCUCAGUCCUUCUCCGGAGAGGUGCAGAAGCUCUCCAGCCUGGUGCUGCCGUCGGAAGUGAUCAUCGCCCAGAGCUCCAUCCCCGGGGAAGGGCUCGGCAUCUUCUCCAAGACUUGGAUCAAGGCUGGCACCGAGAUGGGGCCGUUCACGGGCAGGGUCAUCUCUCCCGAACAUGUGGACCUGUGCAAGAACAACAACCUCAUGUGGGAGGUGUUCAAUGAGGAUGGCACCGUGCGGUAUUUCAUCGAUGCCAGCCAGGAGGAUCACCGCAGCUGGAUGACCUACAUCAAAUGUGCACGGAACGAGCAGGAGCAGAACCUCGAGGUGGUCCAGAUCGGGAACAGCAUCUUCUACAAGGCCAUUGAGAUGAUUCCUCCAGAUCAAGAGCUGCUGGUCUGGUAUGGGAACUCCCACAACACCUUCCUGGGCAUCCCAGGUGUGCCAGGGCUGGAAGAGGAGCAGAAGAAGAACAAACAUGAGGAUUUCCACGCCGUGGAGACGGGGGCCAGCACGACGGGGCGCAUGCGCUGCGUCAUCUGCCACCGCGGCUUCAACUCCCGCAGCAACCUGCGCUCCCACAUGCGCAUCCACACCCUGGACAAGCCCUUCGUGUGCCGCUUCUGCAACCGCCGCUUCAGCCAGUCCUCCACGCUCCGCAACCACGUCCGCUUGCACACGGGCGAGCGGCCCUACAAGUGCCAGGUUUGCCAAAGUGCCUACUCCCAGCUGGCGGGGCUGCGGGCGCACCAGAAAAGCGCCCGCCACCGGCCCCCCAACGCCUCCCUGCAGGCCCACUCACCUGCCCUGCCCGUGCCCCACCCUGCCUCCCUGGCCCAUCACAUCCCCACCAUGGUGCUGUGAAGCCCCGGCGUGGCAGCAGGAUUUGGGACAGCAGAGACUGAUGCUGAGACAUGCGAUGAACUGGGGGAAUGGCCCUUGGCUGAGCUGCUUUGUGUCUCGGAGAGUGUUGGGUUGUUUUUUGGGCAUUGCUCACUGCAGGGGGUCGGCAGAAAAGGAGCCCCCAGCUCUGCGGCUGAGUUGUGGGGGAUCAUCCCCAGGGAGAUGUGGCACAGGGUGGGCUGUGGGUUUGUGUGGGUUUAACAGUGCACUGGGGGAGGACUGGGAGAGCCGAAAAGCCAGGCUUGGAGGAGUUGUGCCUGGGUUUUACAGAUAAUUUGGUAGAAAGAAAGAAAAAUUCCUCUUAUGUGUCCUCCUCUGCUCUAGCAGACAUGUGCCCCAGUGAAAGGUUGGCACAGCCCUGAUGUGGCCACCCCAGUCAUACCUGUUUGCCCGGGGAGUGGCUUUGGUCCUGGUGGUUCCUUCUAAGGGACACCUAUUCCUGCUUGGGAGCCUGGAGUUAAUGAACAUUUGCAUUUUCCUGCACCCGAGCCCCCUCUCCCUGCCCUGCUCCAGCCGGAGCCCAGUACUGGGGUCUGUCACUGCUCCAAGCCACGCUGUGGGCAGGGGGGACACCGUGCCAGCUGGGAAUGCCCAUCCACAGGCAGGAUUUGUGGGGACCCUGAGCUCUGCCGGGCUGUGCCCGUUCCAGCCCUUGCAGCUUUUCUCCCCAUCCCUUUCCCAGCUCUGAAGGAACAUUUUGGUUGGAACUGCUACUGCCCUCUGGGGACAGAGAAAACCUGUCCCCGGGCCAGCUCUGUCCCCAAGGACAACUCUAAGCGCCCUCUGGAGUCCCUACACUGCGGAGGAGAGCUGUGUAUCAUAAAUCUUAAAAAAAAAAAGGUAUUCUAAUAUUAAUUAUAAGUCUAAGAUGUAUAAAGUUCUCACAAACCGUGUUUCACUUCCAGAAGAAAAUAAACAAAAACAAAAGAAAAAAAACCCCAAACUGUCACUUUAACUUUGUAAAUAUUUAUGUAAACAUUAUUUACAAGACUUUGAUAUUAUAUAUUAUUUGAUUGUAUAUGUACACAGUGUAAAUACAUUUGUACUUUUCUUGUAUUCUAAAUAAAAAUUACUUGGAACAUU